AUGGCCAUUGGAGGAGGCGCCGUCUCGGAUAUGUAUCCACCGAGGCAGAGACCUCGACUAAUGGCAUGGUACUCUGUUGGGACAAUGACGAGCCCUAAUGUGGGUCUUGUGCUCAGUGGCAUGAUCACAGGUGGUCUUGGUGGAGAUGGGUAUUCUGGAUCGCUUCUACCAUGCCCAACGACAGUCAACUGGAGGCGUCAAAACUUUGCGCUUAUCAUUGGGCGAUCUCUGAGUAUUCCUGCAAUCAUCACUUCUCAAAGCCCUUGCCUAGCCAUCAUACUGUUGAGCACGUUUUACAACGGACUGAUCAACAUGAUACUGUCAUCAUUAGGCUCGGUGUUCCAGUCAAGCCCAGAAAGACAAACUAACCCAGGGGCACAAAGAUGUCAUAAAAUCAAAGGUGUUUUCAAGGAUUUUGUUGGCGACAACACAGGCGGCACUGGCUCAGAUACCAAUGGCAGGACCACCAUCUACAAGGCUGACCACUGGAUUCCUACGAGUAAAGAGAUUGACGUCGGAGACGGAAAAACAUCCUUCUGUAACUUGAAAAGAAAAAGAGGCAAGACUGGCACCGCUUGUUUCAAGACUUUCAAGGAUGGAGCAGUAAUGAAUUUCUGCGACAAAGUCUUUGAGCGGUCAAAUUUGGACACGCUGAAAGCCAAUGAAUGUGCGAAGAUCGGAGAACAAGUCAGCACCAAGAGGUGGGCGAAGAAAUUCAUCGGUGCGAACGUCCUACACGAGUUCAUGCACAACCCCCGUAUUGGUAGAGAGGCGGUCUUGAAGAAAAUCAAGAAUUUUGCCUAUGAUGCCCACCAGUGCCAUCAAUUAGCCAUCGACGGCGACAUUGAGAAGCGCAAGACGACAAUAAACAACGCGGACACGCAGUUCAAGGAGCCGCAGGAUGAAAAGAACGACGAUGACAGCGUCGCUGAUAGCGACUCGCCAGACUCAAGCCCUGACACAGAUGAUUCAACAAACGGAGCUUGCGAUUGCAACUAG